AUGGGUAACGGCGACGAGCAUAACCACGAGCCUGACAGCGAAGGCAUCUACGCCAGUCCUACAAUCCUCGAGAGAAAGAGAGCCAAAUCUAGCGGGAUCCCUCGUAGUAGCGAGAAGCGAGCCAGACCAAGCAACGAUAGGACGACGGCUGCCGUUCCUGACGUGCCUUCCCUGCAAGAGCCCUCCACAGAGGAACGCAGCCAGAUCGGAGACUGCCUUAUGCUCGUACGUAAACGCCCACCGGCAAUGGACACGGCAUAG